ACUAUUCUAGCACCUACCAAAACUAACGCAUCGCCCCACUAAAUGCAAGGUUACAACACUACGGCUACGAUCAAUCUGUCUCGGCACACAGUACAGAGAACUGGGACCAUGCGGUGGUUGUGCAUAGUGUUGUGCUUCGGAAUCGCGUGGGGAGACAAUGCUACGAUACAAUAUGACUCCCCACCACCGGGCUUCGACUACGACUCAAUGCCAGCUCUAGCUGAUCUGGAAGAUUUUGACCUUUGUCUCAAGGAUCCGAAAGCCGUUUAUUGCUUGGCCGACUUAGUACUGCUGGAUGAUGGCACACCGCUGUACGAGUAUAUUAUGAACUACUCUUCCAUCACCUACACAAACUACCACCACCACAAACUCUUCCGAGGAGUCUGCGGGUCCAAGCAGUGUGGCCUCAAUCUGACUCAUGCCGAAGAUCUGACGGCCGCAGGUUCAGUUCUCAAAGAGUGCUUGAACAAUUCCAUCUACGAGAGCUAUGGGCUUCAGGUGGAGACCCUCAAAGUCCGCUACUGCAAGACUAAAGGCGACUACGUGCCUCCUGAUGCCCUGGACUACUCCCUCGGAGCUAUAAUACUGCUACUGCUGCUUGUGAACCUGGGAUGUUCAGCUUACUACUUCUUAUGGCCUGGAGAGAAAGGUUCAGGCAACAGGUACGUGUUGGCUUUCUGCGUCCAAAAGAACUGGAAAGCUCUGAAGUAUGGUGGAAGUGCUGAAGGUGGAAUCUUCAAAUGCUUCCAGGCUUUAAGAUUCUACACUAUGGUGAUGAUUCUGGGCCUCCAUUCUAUGAUCUUCAUCGGAUAUGGAUACACUGCCAAUCCGGAGUUCAUUGAACAUUCCUACAGCGAUUUCUUCAAAGCCUUACUCUUCAACGCGCGUGUCAUCGUGCAGAUAUUCUUCGUGAUGGGAGGUUUUCUUAUGGCAUACAAGAUGCUGACCUACGCGGAGACCCAUCCCUUCAGCUUGAAGACCAUACCUAUGGCGCUGAUCAACAGAUGGCUGAGAUUGAUGCCCGCUGUACUCGUAGUCAUGGCUCUAGCUAUGACCUGGGUGCCUCACUUGGGGUCUGGCCCCAUGUGGGACGCCGUGGUCAAGAGAGAGCGGGAUAUGUGCCGAGCCAACUGGUGGCAGCUGGUCAUCCUCAUGCCUAAUCUGUUCCCCUUCGAGCAUCUUUGUUUGCCUCAGGCUUGGUACCUUGGCACAGACACGCAGCUCUUCCUCAUAACCCUGGUGGUGAUGCUGAUAAUAUGGCGGUGGCCGAGGAGUGGGGUCCCGGUGCUGACGUCUGUCAUGGCGAUCAGUCUCAUCAUACCCUUCCUGCAGAGCUACUUCAUGGAACUGCUGCCUAUAAGAGUCAGUCUCUUCCCAGAAUCCAUCCGAGACAUCUUCGGGUCAAACUUGACGUUCUACCACGCAUACGUGUCAGCUCAAGGCAACUGGGCUGGGUACCACCUGGGCGUGUUGACUGCCUACUUCUACCACCGGGCUCAGACUGAGAAGUGGAAUUUGGGCAAUUCUCUCCUCCUCAAACUCCUGUUCCUCGCGUCAGUCCCGAUUGCUUUCGGAGCAGUCUUGAUGGGCUGGGACCUCCACCACAGGGAAGCAUCGGCUCUCGAGUCCGCUGUCUUCAACGCGUUGAACCAGAACUUCUUCGCUCUAGCCAUGUGUGUCUUCAUCAUUGGAUACUUCUACAGAUUAAACAAAAUCUACGUAGGCUCAGUAGAGUGGGGUCCCCUCCAGCCUCUGGGUAGGAUGUCGUACUGCGCUAUGUUGUUGCACGCCACAGUCCUGAGGACCUAUGGAGGACAGAUGAGGAGGUCUUUCUAUGCUACCGACUACACCGCGAUAAUGCUCUUCGCGGGAAUCGUAUGCACCACCUACCUCUGGGCGCUUCCCCUCUACCUAUUUGUAGAAGCCCCAGCCUGCCAGCUUCAAAAGAUCCUCUUAGGCCCUAAGAGGAAGCCUAAAAUGGAGCAGGAAGACAACAACGGAAACCAGGUCAAGCCUGGCAUAUCAACGGUGUCAGUGUCCACUGUGUCUACUCAUAUUUAGGUGGUUAGUUUUAGGGUUAGAUUUUGGGUAAGUUGAGAUUCGACCGGACAAAUACUUGGGUCCUUACAAAACAAUGCUCAAAAUUCGAUUCUUACAUCCAUAUUCACAAACAUUACUACGAGGUCUCACAGUGCGCGUGGACGCACAGGGAGACGCACGAACCAAUCACAGA